AUGAGAAUUUUCUCAAACAAGAAGUUAUACCGUAAAUCAAUUUCUGAUAAAGAUAUCAAAGUUUAUUUCUCCACAAAAGCAUCCGACUCAAUAGAUUUAUUUGCCUACUACAACAUAUCUUCUACAGAAUAUUACGACUAUGCAUUAGGACGCGGUACAAAUGUUUAUCAUUUAAGUCCACCCGGAAAAUCUUCCAAGUAUACCUAUUCACAAUCACACUCUGUUAGCGGUGAUGCCCAAUUAAGUUUCUGGCAUUAUGAAAUUUAUUGGAAUUUAUGGGAAGAAGAAGAAUUUAUUAAUGAUACAGAAGGCUCCAUAAUACCCUUAGUUGGUUACAAUUCUGAAGGCGAUGACAUCGAUAUGAAAUACUCGUUCAAAGUCCAAAAUGAAGGAGAUAGUGAGGAAUCCGAUCACCUCUUCCCAGAUAACAUAGGUCUUUUUAUCCCAACUGGUAUCAACACCCUUGAAGAAGUAAAAGAUUACAGCCGAGGUUUCGAUUACGAAGCUUAUCAAAAAGAAUUUGAAGAUUUAUAUGCUUUCCUCAAAAAAGAAGUAAAUGAACAUCCAUAUAAGGAGGAAGAAGAAAUACGAUAUGAAGGAUGGAUUUUAAUUGCUCCUAUUGCACUCAUUUUUGCAAUUCUUGGAUUAUUGCACAUUAAGUACUGGGAUAUACAUGCAGAGGAUAGUAAUUUGGAGGCUAUCCUUGGGGAUGUAAAAUCUGACGCCUACGAAUUGGAUAAUAUGUAUAAUUAA